CCUUAAAAAGAAAUUCAUUUAAAUAAUUUAGGAAGAAGACGGGAGGAAGAAGGAAACCUCUGCUCUACUGGCAGUGGGCAGGAGGAACCAGCUGUGCGCUUCCUUUCCUCAAGUUCUGUCCUUUUUUUUAAUCUUUGUUGGCUCUCAGGAGAGCGAGAGAUAGAGAGAGAAGUGUUCUCUUUUGGCACUGUAUGAUCUGUCCAAACCGAUUCUUUUAGUUAUCUGCAAGGAAGGAAAGGAGGGGGCUCUGCUCAGAUCUAGAGAUCUUUCGACAGGGAGAACAACAAAAGCGGAUCUGCAGAGGGUGAUGUCUUCGGGAUUUGGUGUGAUUUGAGCUGAUACAGUUCUUUUCAUUGCUGGCUGAGUGUAGACUAAUGAGAUAGGAGAAGAGGUGGAAGAAAUGGGAAAGAGAGGGAAGAGCUGGUUUCGCGCCGUCAAGAGGGUCUUCAGACGAGAAUCAAAGGAAAGGAAAGAUCAGCAAUCAAAGAAAUUGGAUCCUGAAAGGCCCGAUCAUUCUGAUCCAUCAUCUUAUGAAAUACUGCCAACUGUUUCUUCUGAUGUACCUCUCCCUCCUCCUCCUGCUCCUCCUAUUCCUCCUGCGCCUGCGUCGGUAGAGGUGAAAUUUGCGGAGCCAGAGCUUGAGCAGGGCAAGCAUGUCCACUCUAUCGCAAAUCCCAGUACGACUGCAGCUCAGUCCACAGCGCAUGUUGUCCAGCUUGAUAGUUCGACUAAAUUUGCUGACAAAUCAAGAGAAGAAGGCGCAGCAAUCAAGAUCCAGACCGCUUUCCGGGGAUAUCUGGCAAGACGAGCUUUACGGGCAUUGCGGGGAUUAGUACGAUUGAAGUCACUUAUUAAUGGAAACACUGUCAAGCGCCAAGCCACGACCACAUUACGUUGCAUGCAAACUCUAGCUCGAGUUCAAGCACAAAUUCGUUCAAGAAGGUUGCGGAUGAUAGAGGAUAACCAAGCUCUUCAGCGCCAACUUCUGCUUAAACGUGAAAGAGAACUUGAAAAUAUAAGGAUGAGCGAGGAUUGGGAUGACAGCACUCAAUCCAAAGAGCAGAUUGAAGCGGGCCUUUUAAGCAAACAAGAGGCCUCCAUCAGAAGAGAAAGAGCACUGGCUUAUGCAUUCUCUCAUCAGUGGAAGAACUCUUCAAAGUUAGUUAAUCCCACCUUCAUGGAUCCAAACAACCCCCAUUGGGGCUGGAGUUGGCUCGAGCGGUGGAUGGCUGCAAGGCCAUGGGAGGGCAGGAGCACCGCAACUGAUAAGGAACUCAACAGCGAUCGCGCUUCCAUGAAGAGCACCAAUGGCGGCGAGAUCAUUAAAGCCUAUGCUCGUCGAGAAACCAACCUCAAUGGAACGGCUGCUGCAGCCUCACCUAAGAAAUCAUUGCACACUCUUAGCCGACAGUCGCCGGCCACUCCCGGCUCCAAGUCCUUCACAGGAGCAACUAAGAUCAAAUCUGCAAGCCCCAAAAUCAACUGUGCUCCUUUAGAUGAUGACUUGAGAAGCAUGAUUAGCUCACAAUCGGAGCGACCGAGACGACACAGCAUAGCUGCAUCGUCGAUCAGAGAUGACGAAAGCCUUGCAAGUUCACCAGCCAUUCCGAGUUACAUGGCACCAACAAGGUCUGCAAGGGCUAAGACCCGGACGCAGAGCCCGUCGACUGAUAGCAAGAUUGAGACUCCUCCGGAGAAGGGAUCCAUAGGCUCAGUGAAAAAGAAGUUAUCUUUUCCCAACUCACCUGGGCCUGUGAGAAGGCACUCAGGCCCUCCUAAGGUGGAUGUCUCUGUGAUUCAGGAGGCUGUUGCCUCUGCAGAACACAAUGAGGUCAAUGCAGAAAGCAGGUAGUAGCUACAAGAAGGUUCAGAGGAUCAGGUUGGUGAAUUUAUUUAUGCAAAAAGAAAAAAAAAGAUCUAAUUUUUUUGGACUAGAUAUCAUUGGGUGGUGAAUUUGUUGUAUUUUUUAAGGUUUGCUUUUUUAUGUUGGAACAAAAUGUUUCUUAUGAAUGUGGGAGUUUGUUAUUCAGUUAUUG